AUGUCCUGGGACGACGAAGACUUUGAUGUGAAGGCUGAUGAGGCCACAGCUGUUUCAGGAGCCUGGGAUGACGAUUUCAAGGAUGAUGACGACGGAGAGAUUCUGGAGUCCUGGGACCUGGAUUCAGACGAGGAACGUGAAAAGAAGCGCAAGCAAGAGGCCGAAGUCAAAGCCAAGAAGCAAGCCGAAUUAGAGGCCAAGAAGGCUAAGGAAGCAGCCAAGAAAUCGGGCAAAAAGAAGCUUCUGGAAAUCGACCUUGUGGACGAGAAGACCCGUAAGGAGAUGCUGAAGGACGCCGAGCUCAACAGUGACUUGAACAACGCUGCCGAUCUGUUUGGUGGCCUCGGAGUUGCCGAUGAGCACCCCAGAGCCGCUGCUACACGCAAAAUCUUAGAAGCUGAAAAGAGCAAGCCCAAGUUCGGCAAGGACACUCCUCUGGACGCACACCCAAUUUUCCAUCCACAGAACAAGGCGGAUUUCGAGAAGCUAAGAAAGACCUUAGGACCAAUCCUGACGAAGCUUGCUGACGAGAGCAGUCUAAACUACACGUCUUCUCUUGCAAUUGACCUGAUCAGAGACCUUUGUGGCCCUCUCACCGUGGAGAGCACGAGGAAGGUUGUGAGCACAAUCAAUGCCUUGGUCACUACCAAGGCUCGCGAGGAGAGACAGGCAAGACUCUCAAAGGCCGGAGGUACAGCCACCGGAGGAGCUGGAAAGAAGAAGGCUAAGGCCGCUGCUCCAAAGACCGCGAGUGCCAGUUUCAAGCAGGACGAAGGGCAUGACAUGACUAACUACGAUGAGCUGAGCGACGACGACUUUAUGUAA